AACAGAAAGCAAGACCUGGAGACAAAUGAGAGGAGUGGAAAUGAAGACAGUGGAGACGUGUCAGAAGAAGAAGGGGAAGAGGAGCAAGCUGGAACUAAUGGUGAGAAGACUGAGGAAGGGUCCAAGCAUCACAGCAGCAGCAGCGGGAAACACAAGAGGAAAAAACACAAACAUCGCAGCAAGCACAAAAAGCACAAACACGCAGCCGAGGAAGACAAGGACAAGAAGCGUAAGCAUCGUCACAAACAUCGGAAGCAUAAACGCAAAGAGACCUCCUCCCCCGCCGAAGAUGCCCCCUUCGUCUCGGCCGGCAACAGGAAGGUGGAAUCCUCUCCGUCCUCCGGAAACCCGAGUCUGGACGACCGGGCCGUGUUGGAGGACCUGGAGAAGCAGAGGGCCCUGAUCAAAGCUGAACUGGACAACCAGUUGAUGGAGGGGAAAGUUCAGUCUGGCAUGGGCUUGAUCCUGCAGGGGUAUAACUCCGGAUCCGAGGAGGACGGAGAGGCGAGGUUCAGAAACGGAGAACAGCGUCCAAGGGGCAGCUCAGGUAAACUCAUAUCUCCCAGAGGGGAAAAAAGUGGGAAAUCUAGAAGGGACUCAACAGAUGGCAGUAAAUCCGUCUCCAAGCGUCGCAGUCGGAGCAAGUCUGCAGAUAAAGCUGCUAAGGAGGCAAAGCCAGACAAGGGGACCAAAAGCAGCAAGGAAGCUGCAGUUAAAGACCGAAGCCGAGCAAGGAGCAGGUCAAAAGACAGAAAACAGUCAGCCAGCACAGAUCGCUUCAAGGAGAAAAGGAAGUCCAAUUCCCCUCCCAGCUUCAGGAACGAGCAGAAGGUGAGUCGCACCGACAAGCGUUCGCCUCCGCAGCGAGAAGAAAGACCAAACCAGGACAGAACGAGCAGACGCUCCAAAUCGCCCGUCCGAGAACGGCCGAGUCGCUCAGACGCCGACCGCGACAAACGGCCGGCGAAGUCGCCGUCCAAGGACGCUUCGCUGGGGAAAGAGAACCGCUCUCCUCAUAGACGAGGAGGCCACAGCCCAGCAAGGAAACGCAGCGCCUCCCCCCGCCACAGAGACACCCACCACACCUCGGCCAGCGCCUCGGACCGGAUUUCAAAACAUUCUCCACCCAGAAGGUCUCCGCCCAGGAGAGCGCGCAGUCGCUCACCGGACGCCAGGAGGAGGGAGGUAGACAGACAGGACUCCCCUCUAAGAAAGCGAUCCAGGGCCGAUGCCGGACCACUCGGAGACAGAACACGGGAGAAGAGUCCCAGGUCGGUGUCUCGUCGCAGAGUGAGUCGCUCUCCUCUGAGGAGGAGGUCUCCAUCGCUGCCACGACGCUCUCGCUCCUCGCUUCGCAGGCGAAGCAGGUCUCCACUCAGGCGCAGGUCUGGUGAGAGAGACCGGUAUGGAAGACUCCGCCAGUAUCGGCGCUCAAUGUCCCGGGAUCGGGAGAGAAGAAGACGACGCAGCAGAGAUGAAGACAAGUUCAAAGGAAGCCUUUCAGAGGGAAUGAAACUUGACCAGGAAUCUUCAGACGAUGAAAUGUUGGAAGACUUCGAAGGUGAGGAGAUCGAUGAAGAAGCUCUUAUUGAGCAGCGCCGUCAGCAGCGCAUGGCCAUCGUCCAGAAAUACAAGACGGCGAACGAGGAGACCAACAUGGUGUCGGAGCCCAGCAGCCCUCAGAGCAGCACACGUAGCCGAUCGCCUUCCCCCGACGACAUCUUGGAGCGCGUCGCCGCCGACGUCAAGGAGUACGAACGGGAGAACCUCAACACGUUCGAGGCCAGCAUCAAAGCCAAGCACAACCUCAUCGCCCAGGAGAAAGACGCAGCCAACCCAAAGAAGCCUUCAGCCCCCGACAUGUUUACAGAGUCAGAUGACAUGUUUGCUGCUCACUUUGACAGCGCCAGAAUGAGAGCAGCAGGUGUCGGAAAGGACUUCAAGGAGAACCCCAACCUCAGGGACAACUGGACCGAUGCUGAGGGUUACUACAGGGUAAACAUUGGUGAGACAUUAGACAAGCGCUAUGAUGUUUACGGCUACACAGGCCAGGGUGUGUUUAGCAACGUGAUCAGAGCCAGGGACACUGCCAGGGCUGGCCAGGAGGUGGCGGUCAAGAUCAUCCGAAACAAUGAGCUCAUGCAGAAAACCGGUUUGAAAGAGUUGGAGUUCCUCAGGAAGCUGAACGACGCUGAUCCCGACGACAAGUUCCACUGCCUUCGCCUCUUCCGCCACUUCUACCAUAAGCAGCAUCUUUGUCUUGUUUUCGAGCCUCUGAGCAUGAAUUUGCGAGAGGUGCUGAAGAAAUACGGCAAAGACGUCGGGCUCCACAUCAAAGCCGUUCGAUCGUACAGCCAGCAGCUCUUCUUGGCCCUCAAGCUGCUCAAGCGAUGCAACAUCCUCCAUGCUGACAUCAAGCCAGACAACAUCCUGGUGAACGAAUCCAAAACCAUCCUGAAGCUCUGCGACUUUGGCUCUGCAUCACAUGUCGCUGACAAUGACAUCACACCAUAUCUGGUCAGCCGGUUUUACAGAGCUCCAGAAAUUAUCAUAGGGAAGCCUUACGACUACGGCAUCGACAUGUGGUCCGUUGGCUGCACUUUAUACGAGCUGUACACCGGCAAAAUCCUGCUUCCCGGAUCUUCCAACAAUCACAUGCUGAAGCUGGCGAUGGACCUCAAGGGCAAGAUGCCCAACAAGAUGAUACGUAAAGGCUUGUUCAAAGACCAGCACUUCGAUCAGAACUUGAACUUCCUGUACAUUGAAGUAGACAAAGUGACUGAAAGGGAGAAAGUGACUGUAAUGAGCACCAUGAACCCCACCAAAGACCUGCUGGCGGAGCUGAUAGGCGGUCAGCGACUUCCUGAGGACCAGAGGAAGAAGGUCAUGCAGCUGAAGGACCUGCUGGAGAGCACGCUGAUGCUGGACCCGGCUAAGCGCAUCAGCAUAAACCAGGCUCUGCAGCACCCGUUUAUCCAGGAGAAAAUCUAACCCCCUAAACGCCACAAACACUCCCAAGAGCCGACGGGACAGAAUUGACCACUAAACCAGCUCUGUAAGGGACUCUGCAGCGAGGCGCCUGACCUCUACAGAUUUACAGAAUGUCAUCUUUUUUUUUUUUUUUUUUUUUUCCUGCUCCGCGUUACAUGUUUUCUUGUAAAUAGAUCACUGCAACGGUAGCCAUUCUGGACACGCUGACUUUCUCUUGGUUUUCAUGGUAAACCCUCCCCUCAUACGCUGCAAUGCAGUGACAGACUUUUUAUUUAACGGGCACUGGAGUUACAGAUGUUUAAAAGAAAACGUAUAAUUCCUGUAAAUACUUUAACAUCUAUUGCAUCAAACGAUAUCAAGCAGCAUACGGUUGAAUUUUGUCGUAGAAGCAGACGUCAUGUUUGGUUUUUAACCUGGCUGUGGGACGAUGCAUGCUUUUUGAAUGUGCACCCUCUGUACUCUGUAUGUGGUGCCAGCCUGUGUAAAUGCUCCGUGUCUGCAAACCCCGCGUCCCACAUGUAACGGUAAACCGCACCGACUUCAUCCCAUGCUCUGACACUUGACCCAAAUUGAAGGAAAAGAUGCAUAUGCAUUCUCGAUUAACUUUAAAUUUUUUUAUUUUUGUGUGUUUUAAUCCUUUUCCUUCCUCCUCCCUCCCCUGCACUCUGGCUACAUCCUGGCUCUAAAGGCUCUCACAUUCAAGUGCCUCCAGUAUGAGCCUGGUGUUUGAUGCACCAAACAAUGCUGGCAUGUAGAAGCCACACCUCUUCUCCUCGCCCUCCAAACGUUGUGUGUGUAUAUAUAGUCCACAGUUACUGUCCUUUCCUGUAUCUUUAAUUCGUUUCUUUACAUCCAGUGGUAAAACAAAUCUUGUGAUUUCAAUAAAUAGUCGUGGAAACGCUGCUGGAAGAGCACCUUCAGUAUCAAAUGGCUUUUUAGUAAUAAAAUGUUUCCCAUUAUUAAACAAA